AUGAGCUCCAGCACCGUUAGCCAUGAGAUCGAGUCCUCAGUCUCUGCUGCUCGCCUUUUUAAGGCUGCUAUGACGGAAUGGCACAACCUGGCUCCCAAGAUCCUGCCUGAAAUUGUGUCGAGUGCUAGCGUUGUAGCCGCUGAUGGUGGCGUGGGAAGCAUUAGGCAGAUCAAUUUCACUUCAGGUGGUGAUCUCGGUACUAAGCUUGAGUCAGCCUCUUCUCAUUUCAAGCUCGUGCCAUCGAGCAAUGGAGGAUGUGUUGUUAAGCUUGAGGGUACUUACAAGACUCUACCCGGAGUUGAUGCAAGCGACGAGGUUGCAAAGGGAAAAGAAAUGAUGACAAAUGCUAUCAAGGCUGCAGAAGCCUACCUUGUUGCCAAUCCCACUGUCUGCGCUUAA